AUGAAGAAAACAGUGGACGGCAGAUACGAAGUGCGUAUUCCCAUGAAACCAAACUUUCAAGAAAAGUUAGGCGACUCUAAAACAAAAGCGAUAGCUCAAUUCAAGCACAUGGAAAAGAAGUUCCAGAAGCAAAACAAACUAGCUGAAGCAUACAAAGCCUUCAUGAAAAAAUACAGCGACUUAGGACAUAUGAAACCUGCCGUAAGCAACAACAAGGUGGAGUGCUACUAUCCUCAUCACAUUGUGGAACGCGCAGAAUCACUUUCUACCAAGUAUAGAGUCGUGUAUAAUGCUUCCAACAAAACAUCAACAGGAUACUCACUAAACGACUUAAUGUACAGGGGCCCAAAUUUACAAAAAGAUUUACAAACACUAUUACUAAAAUGGAGGCAGUACGAGUUUGUGUUCUGCGCCGACCUAGAAAAAAUGUUCCGUCAGAUCCUAGUGCAUGAAGACGACCAACCGCUUCAAAAAAUCAUCUGGAGAGACGAGCACGGGACAUUACAAUCAUUUCAGCGUACAACAGUUACAUACGGGACAAAAAGUGCAAGCUUUUUAGCCAUGAUGACGCUAAAGAAGCUAGAACGUGACGAACGGGAAAACUACCCAGAAGCGUCGAAAGUUUUGGAAGAAUCAUUCUACUUGGAUGAGUGA